CGACUCUUCAUCGGAGCAAACACAGAUUUCAAGAUGAGGUGUUUCCUUCUACUGGCGAUGUUGGUGGUGUGUGCUUCAGCUCUUGAAGAUCUGUCAGGAAAGAUGUUCACCUUCCCAGCGGAAACAAACUUCGAUCAUGUGAAGUUGAUCACCACGAAACAGAAUUUCGGUACUGUAACCGUCUGUCACAGAUCCAUUACAGACCUCAAAAGAGGCCACUCCCUGUUCUCUUUGGCCACGCCCUCUAGUGCUAACAACUUCCUGAUUUUCUGGGAUGAAGGCAAACAGGAGGUUGCGCCCCAUAUUAGGGAUAAAAGGGUAGGGUUUGGAGGUUUCGACUACAAACCAAACACCUGGCACUCCAUCUGCAGCACAUGGGACUCUAAGUCUGGGGUGGUGCAGGUGUGGGUCGAUGGACAACCUUCCAUUCGGAGAUUUAUCAGCUCUGGAUCAAACAUCAGUGGACAACCUUCGAUUAUUUUAGGACAGGAACAAGAUUCUCACGGCAAUGAGUUUGACACUAAACAGUCUUUUGUUGGCAUGAUGUCUGAUGUCCACAUGUGGGACUACACCCUGUCCUCCUGCGAAAUCCAGAAAUACAUGAACAGCCAGAGCUUCACUCCAGGGAAUGUGCUGAACUGGAGGGCGCUGGACUACAAAAUCGUUGGCAACGUGCUCAGAGAAAACCAAGACAUAAUUUGUGUCUAA